AUGAUUGACUGGUACGUGAAAUUAUUAGUAAAUCAUCCACGUAAAGUAAUAGCAACUGUGGUGUUAUUAUGUAGUACCACUAUUCUUAUACCUUAUUUUAUUGGACGCUUACCAGAGUUUUCACAUCCUGAACUUGGUUUUGAGACACGUGGUACUGAAAUUGGUAAUCGUCAAGUUACUUGGGACAAUUUAAUUAAAGCAUUAGAAAAAGGCACAGAGAUGAUAGAUGAUAUUACAAGAAUACCAACCAAUAUAUUACCACAACAAUAUAAAGAUAUGGACUAUAAAAAAAAUGAUGUUUUAGUUAAUUAUAAGAACUUGAACUCUUAUUUGGAAUCUACAAGUACAGAUUCAAAGAAAUUUCUACCUCAAACAUCUCCAUUAGACGAUGAAAUAUUUGAAGAAACUGAAAUGAUGACUCAACGAAAUGAUAAAAAAAGGCGAAAGAAUAGAUUAGAUUUUUUUUGUUCCAAACCAACAUAUGAUCACGCAAGGGUGGUAUUUACACCCAGUGAUGGUGAACAUCUUUUUACAUACCAAGCAAUCAAGGAUAUGUGUCUUAUACAGCAGAAUUUAGAAAAUUUGGUAGCAUAUAAAGAUGUUUGUGAUGUACAAGACCAUACAUGUUGCCCACCAUGGUCUUUGGUUAACUAUAUUACGUUGUUAAGAAAACAUAAGUCUUGCUCAGAAAUUACACCGAGAGAUAUUAAUGCAACAAUGACAAUACUUGAAGGAUGUACUCAUUUUUAUCAUGACAAUAAGUUAUUUGAAUGGCAAACAGAUCAUACAACAAUACCUCGUCAAUGUAUUCAAUUUAGUGGUGUUUAUAAUUUAAUGCAUUAUCACUUGGAUGUAAAUUUUAUGCCACCACAUGCUUCAACAAAUGUUUUAACAAGUUCAAUGAUGUUUUUACCAUUUGGAAAAGGAUCAAUUGUCCAUGUAUAUGAAGCAAUGAAAGACGCUAAUUUAUCAACGCCAUUAGUUAGAAUUUCAGCAAUUGAUUUUGGUAUUAAAGAAAAGUUAUUUGAUCUUGAGCUCGUCAGGGAUAUAUAUCUAAUUUUCCUGAGUAUUUUUUUCAUUAUGUUAUGUGUAUUGUUUUACACUUGGUCAAUAAUAAUUACAAUUGUGACCCUAUUGAAUAUACUAUUUUCCUUAUCCGUUUCCUAUUUUAUUUAUACAUUUGUGUUUCAAAUAAAUUUUUUUCCGUUCAUGAAUGUCCUUGCCAUAAUUGUACUUAUUGGAGUCAGUGCAGAUUCAUCAUUCAUCAUGUGUGAUGUGUGGAAAGUAAUCAAGCUCAAUGACCAGGCUGGUUCUUUGAUUGAUGUCAUUUCUAAGACAUUAAAACAUUCAUUACUAUCUAUAUCACUAUCCACAACAACAACAUUUUGUGCUUUUGCCUCAUCAUUUCUCAGUGCUAUAAAUGGAAUUAGUUGUUUUAGUAUUUUUUCAGCUAUGGCAGUUUUUGUGAAUUUGUUAAUAACUGUAAGUCUACUACCAUCCUGUAUUGUACUUUUGAGCUCAAAGCACAGGCACAAUAUUGUGUUAUUUGAAGUUGGGCCAGUUAAUAAACUACUUUCAAUGGAGAAAAUGUUACGUGGAAUUCAAACUUCUUUUAAUGCAUGGUUAUUAAAAAUUGUGUUUCGCUUUCGCUGGGUGUGGAUAAUAUUAUUUUGCAUACUGGGUAUUUUGAGUGUAACUAUAAUAUGGAUAUGGCCAGGCAUGAAACUACCAGAAUCUGUGGAAUUUCAGUUGUUUCGAGAGUCUCACCCAUUUGAACAAUAUGAUUUGGUAUAUAAAAAUCAAUUCUGGUUUGAAAGAAUUUUAAGGAUUGAUAAUAAUCCAGAAAAUCGUGUUCCACUGCGCUUUGUCUGGGGCGUGUUUCCCAAUGAUACAGGUAAUCAUUUGGAUCCAGAAGAUCACGGAAGUUUAGUUUAUGAUCCAAACUUUGAUAUAGCACAUCCAAAAUCACAAAGUUGGCUAUUGCAGUUUUGUGCAAAUUUACGUUUACAACCCUUCUAUCGAGCUGUUGGUGGACCACAAAUGACAAAUUGUUUUAUGGAAACUUUUGUUAAGUGGAUGGGUCAUGCUUGUGUAAAUAAUCUUGAAAAAGAUCGAUGGCCAUGCUGUAAUUCUUUUGAGUUUCCAUAUCCGAGAAAUAUAUUUCAUUUCUGUAUUAUGAAAGCUAUGUACAUUGUAUAUAAUACACCAGUUUCCAUAUUUGUCCCUUCUGCAGCUGGACCUAAGUUUUCAAAUCCAUUAUUUCAUUCAGAAAACCAAACACUCAUGCCAAUCAUAAAAGCUGUUGUUGUAGAGUUUGAAAGUAAUUUUAUUUUUACAACAUCCUAUACCGAUAUGGAACUCUUUUAUAAACAAGUUGAGUCGUGGUCAUCUAAAAUGAUGGAAACUGCUCCGCCUGGCCUCAGAAACGGUUGGUUUUACAGUCACCUUGGCUUCUAUGAUCUUCAAAUGACAUUAAUUGAAGACACUAUAACGUCAGCUUUUAUUGCACUUUUUCUUGCUUUUACCAUAAUGUUCUUCGUAACUACAAGUAUUUCAUUAACUGUAAUUACAGUGCUCACCAUAUUUUUUAUUAUAUGCACUACAAUUGCUAUGUUAGUUUUGAUGGGAUGGCAUCUCAACGUCUUGGAAUCAAUCGCUACAUCUGUAGCUAUUGGUUUAUCUGUUGAUUUUAGUCUACAUUAUACUAUUGAGUAUCAGCUGGCUUGUGAAGAUUCACCAAGAGCAACAGCCAUUUCAAAAGCAUUGUCGUUAAUGGCUUGUCCAUCAUUAAUGGGUGCAAUCACAACUGGUGCUAGUGGAGCAUUCAUGUUGCCUUCAGAUGUUUUACCGUAUGCUCAGCUUGGCAUUUUUUUGAUUAUUAUAAUGUUUAUUAGUUGGUUCUACUCAACUUUUUUCUUAGUAUCACUUUUAUCAGUAUUUGGGUCAGAUUAUGAUCAUGGUCCAUAUCCAUAUCGUUGUUGUAAGAAAUUACGUAACAUCAAUAUGAAUGAAAGACAAAAGAAUCGAGCAAGACACACUUCUCCUUUUUCUAAUGUUGCCUCAGAAUCAACAGUAUCGUGUAUAAGCACUGCUAUUGUUAAUCAAUCUCAAGCUCAAGAGUUGGAAAAUUUAACUGUUAUCCCUGUCAAAUUACAACCUUCUAACACACGAUCUGUUACUUCAUGUUUAUAUUUGAAUGUUGAUGAUAAUGAUAUGGUAAAAAAAAAUGAAACUAAUGCCAUACACAUUUAA